UAAAAAGGUAAGUGACCAUCCACUAUGUUACAGCAAGUGCUUAUAGAACUAGGCUUCGGCCGCAUCGCCAGUGGACGCAUCUUUAUAAAUGCUAUAAGCACCGGCUAUCCCAAAUGAGCGAAAGCUGUCAUGCGGAAUAUUGCUUCGAGUGCGACCUAUGGAUUCAAGGUGUCCAGGAAUGGUCUCAUCACUGUCAGCGUCAUCUGGAUAAGCCGGAGGACCUGCUUCGGUGCGAUCUAAUAAUUUUUCGAAAUGCUCCAGCAAAAGCUGCGUACUGCCCUUUCUGCCUCGGCGAUAAUUUUUUGAAACCACCGAAAAGGAUGGCGCAGUUCUUGGAUCGACCAGCGUGGUUUUCGCACGUGGGAUCGCAUCUCUCUCCCAAAGCACUGGACGGUAAAUUUCAUUGCCGCCAUCCCGCUUGUGCUCUGGAACUGGGCAGUCUGCCCGAGUUAGAGUAUCAUCUGAAAGAUGUUCACUGCUACACCGCACCACGUGGCAAGAAGAGGGAUUGGGAAAAUGUCUCUGAAGGAUAAUCAUUAUAUCUUUGUUCUAUAAUGGGUGGCUCUAUGUUCAGUGUUCGCGGAAGUAAAACAAUGUAGUGCCAAUCG